AUGGAAGCACGGCCCACGUCGCCGCUGGAAGACAGCGGGGCACACGUCUCACAGCGCUUCCACUUCAAGCCGUACACGCCUGUAUCGACCGACGACCACGACGACGAGGUCGCUCGGCAUGACGGCCCCUUGCCUGCGCCCGUAUCGCAGCCGCUCUCGCGCUCGCCCAAGGGUGGCGGCGGCGGCGGCGGACCGGGGCAUGUAACCGCAUGGAUUCCCUUUGCAUGCCUGUGGAUCGUGCGCUGGAUCACGCUGCGAUGGAAGACGAUCGUCGCCGUCGUCACGUUCGGCACCGUAUGCGCCCUGGUCCUCUUUCACAUGCAGCGUCCCGAGUGGCGCGAGAUGGCGUACUACCGCGUGGAUCCGAAUGCGCGCGUCCCACGCGACGCACACGGCGCGAUCGUGUCGGAGGCGCCUCGGCACCGCACCUUCCCGCCGCAGUUUGAUCGGUGUCCCGGCCCGCAUGGCAAGCUCGUGCCUCUCUCGCCGCUCCAGGCGCACCCGACGCCAGCGACGCAUCCCCAGCCGAUUGUCGGCAAGUUUGAGCUCGUCGGUCUCGAUGGCAGCCAGUGCAUUACGUACGCGGAGCGGUACAGCAUGUACACGGACGAGGCGCUGGGCAUCACGUACCGCCUGCCGGACGAACUGCUGCCGCGCACAAAGGCCUUGUUCGACGAGGACCCCGACGAUCCUCGGGCCAUGCGCGAGCAGCAGCGGCCCGAUGUGCGCGAGGCGCGCGAGCGCCUCGGCUACGACCCCCUGCACGGCCUGCCGUACCCUGAGCACAUGCCGACGCGUGAGUACGAAGAGCUGCUGCGAACGCGCCUGAUGCAUGCGAAUGCGCGGCGCCCCGACGAGGCCUUCGCGCCCGACUGGCGCGCGCUGAUGGACGCGUGCUAUGCGCAGCGUGGCGCCGCGAACCGGACGUCGUCGCCGCAUGAGUACCUGACGAACCCGGCCAUGAAGCGCACGGCGAUUGUGAUGCGCGCGUACGAGGGCUAUCCGUGGCGCGAAGACGACAUACUGAACCUGCGCGCGAUGAUCAGCGAGCUGUCGCUGAACAACCCCCAGACGCCGUACGACGUGCGCAUCCUCGUCGAGGUCAAGGACCCGAAUCUGAGCGUGUUCACGUCCGAGUGGGACCGCUACCGCGUGCUUGCGUCGAGCGUGCCGCGCGAGUUUUGGGGCCUCGUCGAGCUCUGGUCGGAAAAGCAGCUCGAGGUGCUGUAUGCGGGCCUGCCGGGCAAGUUUAUCAACAACAUGAUUGCGCAGACCUCGUACCGCGCGUGCCUCAUGGCGCUGCAAAAGUUCUGGCUCGACCACCAGGAGUACGACUAUGUCUACAACUGGGAAAUGGACGUGCGCUACAUCGGCAACUACCUCGACUUUUUCGAGGGCAUCGAGGCGUACGCGCGCCGCGAACCGCUCGCGCCCGGCAUGCUCAAGUACGACACAUGGUACAUGCCCGGCGUGCCCGCGUCGGAACAGAUCUGGAUGUCCGACGACGCGCGCGACACGACCAAGGUCGGCGAGGAGGCCGAUCUGAUCACGCUCGGCCCCAUUUUCGAUCCACGCGGCAGCGGCUGGUACUGGACGCACGACGUGCAAAACUACCCGCUUGGCUGGGACACGCACCGCCGCGCCUCGAUCGGCACGAACAUGCGCAUGAGCCGCGGCCUGCUCGAGGCAAUGAACGUCGUCAACGCCGAGGCGAAGAAGUCGCUCCACUGCGAGGCUUGGCCCACCACGCUCGUGCUGCACUCGCAGCUCCCGCCGUCCCACAACCACUCCUUCUACCCCGAGGCCGGCUUCACGUACUCGCUCCCGCUGCCCUUCAAGGGCGUGUUUGCUCCUCACCCCAUCUACUUCCGCCACGACUGGGACCGGCUCGAGCUGCACCAACUCCUCAACCGCCCCGACUUUUACGAAAAGCGGUACGAAAACCUCCACAAGGAUUCAUCGUUUUACUAUCACGCGCAGCACGCCAAGGAACUGUACAUGGGCUGGAAGCGACACGCCGACGUGUGCCGCGCGCCGUCCAUGCUGCACCCCAUCAAGCGCGUCGACUAG